AUGUCUCCCAACAUGCUGCUCAAAGCCCUGACGGGCCUGAUGAUUGCCAGCGUCGCGUCUGCGCACAUGGAACUGAGCUGGCCGUAUCCUCUGCGCAGCAAGCUCGAUCCCAACGCGGACGAGGGCAAGGUCGACUAUUCCAUGACGAACCCGCUCGCGUCGGACGGCAAAAACUUCCCCUGCAAAGGAUAUCACACAGACACCCCCUUCCGAUCCACAGUCGAAUGGUCCGCUGGCCAAAAAUACAACAUCUCACUCAAAGGCAGCGCAACCCACGGCGGCGGAUCAUGCCAGCUCGCGCUCAGCUACGACAACGGUACAUCGUUUCACGCCAUCCAGUCAAUGGAAGGCGGCUGCCCGCUUGAAGAUACGUACGAUUUCACACUCCCAGAAGACGCGCCCGCCGGCGACGCGCUGUUCGCCUGGACUUGGUUCAAUUUGCAAGGAAACCGCGAAAUGUACAUGAACUGCGCCGACGUGACGAUCCAGGGUGGCUCCGGUUCCCCCGAUGACUUUGAGAAGGCGUAUCCGACCAUGUUUGCGGCGAAUGUGGGUAAUGGAUGUGAGACGGUUGAGGGUAAGCCGGUUGUGUUUGCGGAUCCGGGCAAGCAAGUUGUCUUUGGUGAGGGUGUCUCUGAGGGGAGUGAGGUUUCGCCGGCUUGCUCUUGA